ACUAGUUGGUACUUUCUGCAGCUUGUGUCUGGAAAAAGCUUUUGUUUUCUCUGAAUUGCUGGCAUGCUGUUUAUUUUGAUGCUAAAAAACAGAAUUUCUCAGUUUUUUGAGCUGUUUUCUGGCUAAGAAUGCAGGCAAGAGCAAAUACUAGAAGUGUUAAAAAAGAGCUUGUUAUUGAGUCUCCCCAACAAUACAGGGAUGCAGCUCCAUGUGAAGUAGAAGUGGAAAGUCCAGUAGAAGUGCUGACAGCAUUAUUGAAACGUCAGGGUCGAUAUAUAUGCUCUACUGUUCCUGAAAAUGCAGAAAAGGAAGCUCAAAGCUUGUUUGUAACUGAGUGCAUCAAAACCUACAACUCAGACUGGCAUGUUGUCAAUUAUAAAUAUGAAGACUACUCAGGAGAGUUUCGACAGCUUCCAAACAAAGGGACCAAAUCAGAGAAACUUCCAGUUCAUGUAUAUGAAGUUGAUGAAGAAGCAGAUAAAGAUGAGGAUGCAGCAUCUCUAGGAUCUCAGAAGGGUGGGAUAACUAAACAAGGAUGGCUGUACAAAGGCAAUAUGAAUAGUGCAAUCAGUGUAACUAUGAGGUCGUUUAAGAGAAGAUUUUUCCACUUAAUCCAACUUGGUGAUGGAUCAUAUAAUCUCAACUUCUACAAAGAUGAGAAAAUAUCUAAAGAGCCAAAAGGAUCGAUAUUUUUGGAUUCUUGUAUGGGGGUGGUUCAGAACAACAAAGUGAAACGUUUUGCUUUUGAACUCAAGAUGCAAGACAAGAGUAGUUAUCUUCUAGCUGCAGACUGUGAACUGGAAAUGGAGGAAUGGAUAACUACUUUAAACAAAAUUCUCCAACUAAACUUUGAAGCUGCAAUGCAAGAAAAAAGAAAUGGAGAAUCUCAUGAAGAUGAUGAACAAAGCAAAAUGGAAAGCUCAUUAUCCAGUUUAGAUAGCUACUUUCCUGAAAUUUCCAAGAGUUCCAGAGAUGCAGAAAUGAAAUUCAAAAGUGAAAGCAGAGUUAAACUUUUUGUCUUGGAUCCAGAUGCACAGAAACUUGACUUUUCGGGUAUUGAACCAGAAGUGAAGCCAUUUGAAGAGAAAUUUGGGAAAAAGAUUCUAGUGAAGUGUAAUGACUUAUCUUUCAAUCUGCAAAGCUGUGUCGCUGAAAAUGAAGAAGGACCAACAACAAAUGUAGAACCUUUUUUUGUCACAUUGUCAUUGUUUGAUAUUAAAAACAAUCGGAAGAUUUCAGCAGAUUUCCAUGUCGACUUGAACCAUGUCUCGGUGAGGCACAUGAUAUCUAAUGCGACACAGCAACUGAUGAAUGCCAGUGGUGAUAACUUACACAGGGCUCAAGAUAUUAUCCAUGAGUCUAUCUUGCAAUAUCCUAAACAGGUAAUAUUCUCAGUUACAUGUCCACAUCCUGAUAUAUUUCUUGUGGCAAGAAUCGAAAAAGUACUACAGGGAAGUGUUACACAUUGUGCUGAGCCAUAUAUGAAAAGUUCAGAUUCUUCUAAGGUUGCACAGAAAGUGUUGAAGAAUGCUAAGCAGGCAUGUCAGAGACUAGGACAAUAUAGAAUGCCAUUUGCCUGGGCAGCUAGGACAUUGUUUAAAGAUGCAUCAGGAACCCUGGACAAAAAUGCAAGAUUUUCUGCUCUCUACAGACAAGACAGUAAUAAACUCUCAAAUGAAGACAUGCUUAAGUUGCUAGCAGAUUUCAGGAAACCUGAAAAGAUGGCCAAGCUGCCAGUUAUUUUAGGAAAUCUAGACAUAACAAUUGAUAAUGUCUCUCCAGAUUUUUCUAAUUAUGUUAACUCAUCAUACAUUCCCAUGAAACAGUUUGAAAACAGUCCCAAGACAGUAGUAACGUUCGAAGUGGAGGAAUUUGUUCCCUGUAUUCCAAAACAUUCUCAGCCUUUCACCAUCUACAACAAUCACCUUUAUGUUUAUCCAAAGCACUUGAAAUAUGACAGUCAAAAGUCAUUUGCAAAGGCUAGAAAUAUUGCAGUAUGCAUUGAGUUCAAAGAUUCGGAUGAGGAAGAUUCUCUGCCUUUAAAGUGUAUCUAUGGUAGACCAGGUGGACCAGUGUUUACAAGAAAUGCAUUUGCCAAUGUUUUACAUCACCACCAAAAUCCAGAGUUUUAUGAUGAGAUUAAAAUAGAAUUGCCCACACAGCUACAUGGAAAACAUCAUUUGUUUUUCACAUUCUACCAUGUCAGCUGUGAUAAUUCAAGCAAAGGCAGUACCAAGAGGAAAGAUGUCAUUGAAACACAAGUUGGCUAUUCUUGGCUUCCAUUAUUAAAAGAUGGGAGAGUAGUGACAAAUGAGCAGCACAUUCCUGUAUCAGCUAAUCUUCCAUCAGGCUAUCUUAGCUAUCAGGAACUUGGGAUUGGCAAGCAUUCUGGUCCUGAAAUUAAAUGGGUAGAUGGAGGCAAACCAUUGUUAAAAAUUUCUACGCAUCUAGUUUCUACUGUCUACACACAGGACCAGCACUUACACAACUUUUUUGAGUACUGUCAGAAAACGGAGUCUGGAGCCCAGGCCUUAGGAACUGAUCUCGUAAAGUAUCUUAAGAGUCUUCAUGCUAUGGAGGGCCAUGUGAUGAUAGCUUUCCUGCCUACAAUUCUAAACCAAUUGUUUAGAGUUCUCACUAGAACUACUCAAGAGGAAGUUACAGUCAAUGUGACAAGGGUUAUUAUACAUAUUGUUGCACAGUGCCACGAAGAAGGAUUGGAUAGCUAUUUGAGGUCAUAUGUCAAGUAUGCUUAUAAAGCUGAGCCUUAUAUUGCUUCUGAAUAUAAGACUGUACAUGAAGAACUGACCAAAUCCAUGACAACAAUUCUUAAACCAUCUGCUGACUUUCUUACAAGCAACAAGCUACUUAAGUAUUCGUGGUUUUUCUUUGAAGUUCUGAUAAAAUCAAUGGCUCAGCAUUUGAUAGAAAACGCUAAAAUAAAGUUGUUACGAAACCAGAGAUUUCCUGCUUCUUUUCACCAUGCGGUAGAAACAUUUGUUAAUAUGCUAAUGCCACACAUCACUCAGAAGUACAGAGACAAUCCAGAGGCUUCAAAAAAUGCAAAUCAUAGUCUUGCUGUCUUUAUAAAGAGAUGUUUCACCUUUAUGGAUAGGGGUUUUGUGUUCAAGCAAAUCAAUAACUACAUCAGCUGCUUUGCUCCAGGGGAUCCAAAGACCCUUUUUGAAUUCAAAUUUGAAUUUCUUCGGGUGGUGUGUAACCAUGAACACUACAUCCCUUUGAAUCUACCUAUGCCAUUUGGAAAAGGCAGAAUUCAGAGAUAUCAAGACCUCCAGCUCGACUAUUCGUUAACAGAUGAGUUUUGCAAGAAUCACUUCUUAGUGGGACUGCUCCUACGGGAGGUGGGAAAUGCAUUACAAGAAUUCAGAGACAUCCGGCAGAUUGCAAUUAGUGUGCUCAAGAAUUUGAUGAUAAAGCAUUCUUUUGAUGACAGAUAUGCUUCCAGGAGCCAUCAAGCAAGAAUAGCCACUUUGUAUCUGCCAGUGUUCGGACUGCUGCUAGAAAAUGUCCAACGAAUCAACGUCAAGGACGUGUCACCUUUUCCUGUUAAUCCUUCCAGCAGCAGUGCAAAAGAUGAACCACUUAGUAUGCCAUCUGUAAAUCCUUUAGUAACACCACAAAAAUCAGGAAACACUUUGGAUAACAGCCUCCACAAAGAUCUGUUUGGUGUUAUCUCUGGCAUUGCUUCCCCAUAUACCUCAUCAACUCCAAAUGUUAAUUGUGUAAGACAUGCUGACUCAAGAGGCUCCCUUAUAAGUACAGAUUCAGGAAGCAGCUUCCCAGAAAGACAUAGUGACAAGAACAAUUCUCUUGACAAGAACCAGCACUGUGGCACUUUAGGAAGUUCUGUAGUUCGAAGUGGCAAAUUCGACCAAACAGAAAUCAAAAGUCUGCUCAUGUGUUUCCUUCAUAUUUUAAAAAGCAUGUCUGAUGAUGCUUUGUUUACAUAUUGGAACAAGGCUUCAACAUCUGAACUUAUGGAUUUUUUCACAAUCACAGAAGUGUGCUUGCAUCAGUUCCAGUACAUGGGAAAACGAUACAUAGCCAGGAACCAGGAGGGGUUGGGACCCAUAGUUCAUGAUCGAAAAUCUCAGACAUUGCCUGUUUCCCGUAACAGAACAGGAAUGAUGCAUGCCAGAUUGCAGCAACUGAGCAGCCUGGAUAACUCUCUCACUUUUAACCACAGCUAUGGCCAUUCAGAUGCAGAUGUUCUUCACCAGUCCUUACUUGAAGCAAACAUUGCCACUGAAGUUUGCCUUACCACUCUGGAUACUUUAUCUUUAUUCACAAUGGCAUUUAAGAACCAACUACUGACAGAUCAUGGACAUAAUCCACUGAUGAAAAAAGUUUUUGAUGUGUACCUCUGCUUCCUUCAAAAAAAUCAGUCUGAAACAGCAUUGAAAACCGUCUUCAUUGCUUUAAGGGCACUAAUUUUUAAGUUUCCUUCUGCAUUUUAUGAAGGAAGAGCUGACAUGUGUGCUGCAUUGUGUUAUGAAAUUUUGAAAUGCUGUAAUUCCAAACUGAGCUCAAUACGUACUGAAGCAUCACAACUGCUGUAUUUCUUAAUGAGAAAUAACUUUGAUUACACAGGGAAGAAGUCUUUUGUAAGGACACAUCUGCAAGUUAUUAUUUCAGUAAGUCAGUUGAUCGCUGAUGUCGUUGGAAUUGGAGGAACUAGAUUUCAGCAAUCUCUUUCCAUCAUUAACAACUGUGCCAACAGUGACAGACUUAUUAAGCAUACUACAUUCUCUUCUGACGUAAAGGAUUUGACAAAGCGGAUUCGGACAGUCUUAAUGGCUACAGCUCAAAUGAAGGAGCACGAGAAUGAUCCAGAAAUGCUUGUGGAUCUCCAGUACAGUUUGGCAAAGUCUUAUGCCAGCACGCCUGAACUCAGGAAGACGUGGCUAGACAGCAUGGCAAGAAUUCAUGUUAAAAAUGGGGAUCUUUCAGAGGCAGCAAUGUGCUAUGUCCAUGUAGCAGCACUGGUGGCAGAAUAUCUGACACGCAAAGGAAUGUUUAAGCAAGGCUGUACUACUUUCAGAAUAAUCACGCCAAAUAUAGAUGAAGAGGCUUCAAUGAUGGAGGAUGUUGGGAUGCAAGAUGUUCACUUCAAUGAAGAUGUGCUAAUGGAAUUGUUAGAGCAAUGUGCAGAUGGACUCUGGAAGGCUGAACGAUAUGAACUGAUUGCUGACAUCUACAAACUUAUCAUUCCCAUUUAUGAAAAACGGAGGGAUUUUGAGAGACUAGCUCAUCUAUAUGACACACUUCAUCGGGCAUACAGCAAAGUAACAGAAGUUAUGCAUACAGGCAAGAGACUACUUGGCACUUAUUUCAGAGUAGCAUUCUUUGGACAGGCAGCGCAAUACCAGUUUACAGACAGUGAAAGAGAUGUGGAGGGAUUCUUUGAGGAUGAAGAUGGAAAGGAGUAUAUAUAUAAAGAGCCUAAACUCACAUCUCUUUCAGAGAUUUCCCAGAGACUACAUAAGCUCUACUCUGACAAAUUUGGAUCAGAAAACGUCAGAAUGAUCCAGGAUUCUGGCAAAGUGAAUCCCAAGGAUUUGGACUCAAAAUAUGCAUAUAUACAAGUUACACAUGUAGUCCCAUAUUUUGAAGAAAAGGAAUUGCAAGAGAGAAAAACAGAGUUUGAAAGAACUCACAAUAUUCGUCGUUUUAUGUUUGAAAUGCCCUUUACUCAAUCUGGUAAAAGACGAGGAGGAGUGGAAGAACAGUGUAAACGACGAACUAUUUUGACAGCCAUACAUUGUUUCCCCUAUGUGAAAAAGCGCAUUCCUGUAAUGUAUCAGCACCAUACAGAUCUAAACCCAGUUGAAGUAGCCAUUGAUGAAAUGAGUAAGAAGGUUGCAGAGCUCAGGCAGCUUUGUUCUUCAACUGAAGUAGAUAUGAUCAAACUGCAGCUAAAGCUACAGGGAAGUGUCAGUGUUCAGGUUAAUGCUGGUCCAUUAGCAUAUGCAAGAGCUUUCUUAGAUGACACAAAUACCAAAAAGUAUCCAGACAAUAAAGUGAAAUUACUGAAGGAAGUUUUCAGACAAUUUGUUGAGGCUUGUGGUCUUGCUUUGGGUAUAAAUGAACGACUUAUAAAGGAAGAUCAGUUAGAAUAUCAAGAAGAAAUGAAGGCUAACUACAGAGAAAUGGCAAAAGAACUUUCUGAAAUAAUGCAUGAACAAAUUGUUCCUGUUGAAGAAAAGACCAGUGUUAUGUCUAAUUCACUACACAUUUUCAACGCCAUAAGUGGAACUCCAACAAGCACAGCCGUUCAUGGGAUUCCCAGUUCUUCUUCAGUUGCAUGAGUGUUUUGUAAGGAAAGUAAUUUCUCUUAGUAUAUGCAUGGAUUUGCUUUAUUAUUUGCAAACUCAGGAUGAUUUUAAAGCUAAAUAUUGGACACGUGCAAGCCAUGUAAAUUUAGCACACUAAAACACUGAGCACACUAAAUCUCGGGACAGGCGGGAAUAAACAAUAGUGGUGGUAGACUUCUAAAGUAAAUAGAAAGGUGAACAUAUAUCUUUUAAUUUUGUGGGAAAUAUUAGAAGUUUUCAUGUCUUUGCAGAGGUCUGUCUUGGGAACUUUUAUGAUAGUUAAUUUCUCUUUUUCCUUAGAAAGUAUUAUUAAAAUGAAUGGCACAUUACAAAAAGGUGGUGUAGAAUGUACGUUUGCAGAUAUAUAAUAUUCAGAUGUUUUUUUAUGUAUGGCACAUAUAGAUUGAUUCCAAGUUCAAGAACUAUUUUGGGACUAGAUAGAGACACUAAUUUAAUGGAACUGACACUAGUAGUUUUUGUACCAUUGACAAAUUGUUGUGCUCCAUUUUAUACCUUGUUGGCAUAUUGAAAGUAUGUGAGCUUAAAGCUGAUGGAAAAAUUAAGUACAACCAAAUGUCUGUAUUAAUGAACACCAGGCACCAAGUUACACUAGAAUGGAAGUGGUGGUAAACUGACUUGUACAUAUUGUUUGUUAAUACAGUCCAUAGACUCUGUACAUACAUGUGUGACAUUUCUAAACAAUUUUUAAAUAGUCAUAGCAGAUCUCAAGCCUUCUGCUUUAAAUUUAAUUGUGACAUAUUUGUGCUCAUUCCAAGUAUAUGCUAUAUACAGUUUGUUUAUUCUUGUAUAUAAAUAAGUGCAAUAUGAAGAUGUACACAGUCUUUGCUAUGUUAGGUUUAUACACUGUUUUGAAAAAAAUCAUCCCUUUUGCCAAAGCAAUGGAAUACAAAAUAGGUGAUCAUAUUCUGUUAAUUGGUGGUGUAAUUUAAAGCUUUUACCAUAUUAUUGUUCUUUUAAGACACUAAUUUAGUAAUUUUAUAUUUGGGGAAAUAAAGGUUUUAAAUUUUAUUUAACUGGAAGCACUGUCCUGCUGUAAUUAAACAUUCUGUACUACAUCUGUAUUAAAAAAAAGUAGCUAAUUUCUCUA